AUGCGACGAUCGUUUUCACCAGUCAGGAAUAUUGCAUGCAACACACUGAAUUUGACACAGAUGGCUGCAAAAAUAGAUUCACUGAAAAAGUGGACCGUUUCGACUUACAAAACGACAAAACAGUCAAUAUGUGAAAAUUUAGGAAGAAUAGAACGCACAGUUGACAAGGAAUUAGAAGAACAAAUCGAACAACUGAAAAUAUUGCACAAGUAUUACAAUCAGGUGUUAACAAUGUCAAAAUUAUUCAUGUCAAAUUUUCAUCAAAUGAAUGAAGCACAAAAAAGUUUAGCGGAAUCCCUUUAUCAACUCUCACUGAAAGAAAUGAGUUUGAAAGCAGAGUGUUCUUCGAACUGUGAUUCGCUGCGUUCGGUAGCACAUAACGGUGAACUUCUAGAACGAGCUUUGUCGUUUUUUCUUUCAUCAAUUAAGACAUUAUCUGAGAAAACUUUUGAAGAUACAAUAGAAACAAUUCAUAAUUAUGACCAGGCUCGUUUGGAAUAUGACGUGCAUCGCAAUGAAAUAGUGGCGCUACAGCACUCAAAUGCAAGUCCUGAAGCAAUCGCAGGCGCAGAUUUCAGAUGUAAUCAGCAUCGAAGAAAAUACGAACAACUAAAAGCUGACGUUAAGGUUAAACUGAGAUUACUAGAAGAGAAUCGAUGGAAAGUAAUGCGUAAGCAGUUGUUACUUCUUCAUAAUGCCUUGAUCGCGUAUUCUUCAGGCAAUGCGAAGGCCUUGCAUUCAGCAGUGGAAAAUUUAAAUUUGGGCGAGACAGCAAAUGAAGAUUUUGCUUCCUCAUUUUUGGAGCAAUGA